AUGGACGACGACGAUAUUUUAAAUUAUUCAAAUCAUGUUGAUGAUGAACACAAUAGUCAGUUGGACAGUUCGAUAGUGCCAUCGGCGCAAGCAUCAAGUAGCAAUGGAAGUGAUCAACCGAGUAAUAAGACAAAUAACCACCUGUACAAAGUCUUAGUGGUUGGUGACUAUGCAGUGGGAAAAACAAGCCUUAUUCGAAGAUAUUGCACAGGAGAAUUUACAAGUAAUUAUCGUAUAACCAUUGGUGUUGACUUUUGCUUAAAGCACAUCGAUUGGAAUGAAAACACUUCAGUCUCAUUGCAAUUAUGGGAUAUUGCUGGGCAUGAACGCUUUGGAGCCAUGACACGAGUUUACUACAAAUACGCUAUUGCUGCUGUAGUUUGCUUUGAUAUCUCAAGACCUUCUACUUUGGAUAACGUGAAAAAAUGGAGAGACGAUAUCAACUCGAAAGUGGUCCUUCCUGAUGGAGUUACUCCUAUACCCAUGAUUCUAUUAGCAAAUAAGUGUGACUUACCUGAAAUAACCAUUGAUAAGACAAAGAUGAACAAGUUUGCAAAGGAAAAUGGAUUUAUCGCUUGGUUUGAAACAUCAGCCCGUAAAAACAUCAAUAUUGACUCAUCAUUCCACUUUUUAGUUUCUCACAUUAUGAAAAUUACCAAAAAUAUGAGCUUACAGUCACAAGGACAAAAUCAAUUAGGAGAUCACAAAAAAACUGAGCUCAACGUUGUUGGAACUGGUGACAACAGUUCCAAUAGUUUUGACAAGUCGUACCAAAAAGACGAACGAAAAGAAGACUCCUCUAAAAAAGGUCCAUGUUGUUACUGA